AUGCAAACUUUUGCAGUUCCAGAAAGCAAUUCUUUUUUCACAAGUUCAACAGCAACACAUACUGAAAUCACACCUGAUUGUUGGAGUAAUUUUGUGUUUGCUGAGACGUUUUUUAUAAAACUGUGUACUUACUCACUGUCUAUUCCGGUUAAUAUUUGAAUUUGUAAUUGCACUUACACAGCGUUAUUUAAUGAUAGGCCGUAAUUACAAGGCGCAUUCCCAAAGCAAAUUAAAAUGGAAAGUUCCUGUAAACAUGUGUCUGGUUUCCAAGAUCCAGGGUGUCAAAAUUAAAAAAAUGUUUCUUAAUAUCUCAAAGAUAGCCUGGAAAGUCAAAAAUAUGUUCUUAGCAAUAUUCCUUGGCAACGAACAAAGCUGAAUUGUGAUUCAGUAACCUAUUGA